AUGGCAGCCGUUCUCAAACUGCAGCGCAAAUAUCCCCAAUUCCCACAGAACGAAAUCUUCCAGUUACAAGAUGCCUUUCGCAGGCUCGAUGUCGAUGACAAAGGAUAUCUUGACGAAGCUACCGUCAUUAAAGCCACCCAGCUGUCCGAACGACAGUCUUACGACGUGGUCAGACAAGCGUUGAAAGAGGUGGAACUCGACAGUUCAAGACGAGUAGAGCUCGAAGAUUAUGUUGACUUGAUCGCCAAAGUUCGCGAGUCGUCUCCUGCUCAGCAGCGCAUGUCAACCGGCGCACAGAGGCCGAUCUCGGGCAAUGGGCUGCCGGCUCCGGGGCACGCUUCCAAACCCAGCUUGGGAGGUUCGGGUGGAAAGAUUCAAGUCCAGGGAUCCUCUACCAACGUGACUCACACGAUCAACGAGGAAGAACGUACUGCUUUCACCACUCACAUCAAUGCCGUCCUUGCCGGUGAUCCCGACAUUGGUCACCUCUUGCCUUUCCCCACCGAUACCUUCGAGAUGUUCGACCAUUGCAAAGAUGGUUUGGUGCUGGCCAAACUCAUCAACGACAGUGUGCCGGACACCAUCGAUGAGCGUGUUUUGAACAGGCCCGGCACGAAAAUCAAGACGCUGAAUGCAUUCCACAUGACCGAAAAUAACAAUAUCGUCAUUGAGUCUGCCAAAGGUAUCGGCUGCUCCGUGGUCAACAUUGGCAGUGGCGAUAUCAUUGAAGUUCGAGAACAUUUGAUUUUGGGCUUGAUCUGGCAAAUCAUCCGCCGGGGCCUGCUGGGCAAGAUUGACAUCAAACUACACCCGGAACUCUACCGGUUGCUCGAGGAAGACGAGACACUGGACCAAUUCCUCCGGCUUCCGCCGGAGCAGAUCUUGCUCCGCUGGUUCAAUUACCAUCUCAAGAACGCUGGCUGGCCCCGAAGAGUGACCAACUUCUCCGGCGAUGUGAAGGAUGGUGAAAACUACACCGUGCUUCUCCAUCAAUUGAAGCCGGAUAUUUGCUCCAGAGCUCCGUUGCAGACGAGAGAUCUUCUCCAACGCGCCGAACAGGUUUUGCAGAAUGCUGAGAGGAUUGAUUGCCGGAAGUUUUUGACUCCAACCGCUCUGGUAGCGGGUAACCCCAAACUCAACCUUGCGUUCGUCGCCAACCUCUUCAACACUCAUCCAGGUCUUGAUCCGCUUACGGAAGAAGAGAAGCCUGAUAUCGAAGACUUCGACGCUGAAGGCGAACGCGAAGCCCGGGUCUUCACCCUGUGGCUCAACAGUUUGGAUGUUCAACCUCCGGUUCACUCUUUCUUCGAUGAUUUGCGUGAUGGAACAAUCCUUCUCCAAGCUUACGACAAGGUCAUUCCUGGGAGUGUCAAUUUCCGUCAUGUCAACAAGCCUCCGGCGUAUGGCGGUGAGAUGUCCCGAUUCAAAAUGGUGGAGAACACAAACUAUGCUGUGGAACUUGGCAAGCAAAACCGAUUCUCGCUCGUGGGCAUUCAGGGGGCGGAUAUCACGGACGGCCAACGCACCUUGACGCUUGGCCUUGUCUGGCAGCUUAUGCGCCGUGACAUCGUCAGCACAUUAUCCGGACUUGCCCAGCGGAUGGGCAAACGUGACCUGUCCGACGCCGACAUGAUGAAAUGGGCCAACGACAUGUCCCGCAAAGGCGGCAAGACCUCGUCAGUCCGAUCAUUCAAAGAUCCCGCCAUCACGAGCGGUAUCUUCCUUCUGGAUGUGUUGAAUGGAAUGAAGAGCAGCUAUGUCGACUACGAACUCGUCACUCCUGGAAGGACACCUGAUGAUGCGUAUGCCAAUGCCAAAUUGUCCAUCAGCAUUGCUCGAAAGAUGGGAUCCACCAUCUAUCUUCUUCCAGAUGAUAUCGUGCAAGGGCGCGCCAGACUGGUUACCACUUUCGUUGGUGCCCUUAUGCGAACCGCGGAGAAAAUGGGAGUGUAA